AUGUUCAACCUAUUUGGAGAGGAACCUGCACAAGAAGAGCCUCUGUCGCCCCUACUGGUUGCCGUGGACGCCGAGGAUGUGGACACCGUGCGCCAGUUAGUCCCCACAGCAGACCCUGGUGACCUCACCGCGGCUCUGUGUCGAUCCUGCGAGAAGGGUAAACUCACUGUCGCCCAGGCUCUGAUAGAGACCGAAAAAUGUGAUGCCAAUGCCGCGGACGAUGGUGUAACGCCCCUGUUCUUGGCCGCAAAAGCUGUGGAGCCCGCCAUCGUCCAACUCCUCCUACAGCACGGCGCAGAUGUCACUGUGAAUUCAAAAAUUAAGCGGGGCGAUUUCAGAGAACUGUUAUAUCUGCCGAUCCACGGCGCGGCGCAGGAUCUGCGGCAACUCCAAGAUGUGAAAGAUCAAUCUUGCUUCGAGGAGGUAAUCCAGCUGCUGUUGGACGCCGGGGCCGACAUCAAUUCGCAGGAUUCCCACGGCGAAACCGUGCUGCUAGACUGCUUGCACUGCGAUUCGGAGCUCGUUUCAUUUGUACUACGUGUCGGAGCGAAUCCCAACAUCGAGGAUAAGCGAGGCCUCGUGCCUCUGCAAUUCUUUCACACGCCUCAAGAUCAUCCGGAACGAUUCAAGCUUCUAAUGGAGUACGGGGCCCGUUUGGAUACUGGCGCGAAAGAUGACGGUAAAACGCCGCUGCAUGCCUUCGCGACGAAAUGUCAGCUGGGAGAUCUCUCCUUGUUCCUGCCGUAUGUAUCGGACUGGCACAUUACCGAUGCAAAAGGGAAUACACUACUUCAUGUCGCUGUAGGAAGACACCGCCGUGGGAAUCCGACGGUUGCGGCACUUUUGAAGCUCGGGCUUGACCCAAACCAGAAGAAUCACGAUGGAAGACAGCCUAUCCAUAUGAUCAAUGCCAUGGGAGACAGUCUAGUAGACGUCUUGGACAUCCUCUGUGCGGCCGAUGCAGAUCUUGAGGCCAGGGAUCACUCUGGACGCACGCUACUCACCAAUUCUAUGUCUGGAUAUGCCAGUAUAAGCUCUCACGAGUUGGUGCCUCUUCUAAUCAGCCGGGGAGCUAAUAUCAACGCCCGGGACUACAAGGGUGAUGGUAUGCUUUCCUAUCUGAUCGGGCCUCACGAAUUUCACUCUCAGCAUCUGGACACCCUUUUAAAACUCGGAGUUGAUCCUAGACUAGAGAACUACGCAGGAGACACCUUUUUACACCAAUUGGCAGUCCAUUUCGCUACCGUCCAGGAUGACUCGUGUUAUUUAGCCAUGCUAAAGCUCUUGAAGAUGGGCAUUUCCCCAGCCCGUCCCAAUUUCCAGGGACGGACGCCCCUACAUAGUCUUUGCAGUCAGACCUCUGAAUUCCAUUUCAUGUCUGCUCCAGAGGAAGGCAAAUGCGCUAUUGACCUGCUGCUUGAUGCAGGUUUCAAUGUCGCGUUGAAUACUCCUGAUAAUCAGGGAAUUCGCCCUAUCCACCUGGCUGCCACCACUUCUGAUAGACUGGUCAGCAAGUUGAUCGUCAGAGGAGCUGAUACGACCGCAACCACGAAAGAUAGGCGAAACUUGCUACAUAUCGCGUCCACCGCUCGCCAAAGUAACGUUGUCGGGCUGCUGUUGGAUCAUUACACCUCGAUCAAUAUGCUGUCCUUAGUCAACACACAGUCUGAGGACGGACGAACCCCCCUCCAUGUGGCAUGUCGCUCUGGAAGAGUGGAAACUGUGAAUCUACUUCUCGCUCAUGGAGCGGAUGUCCAACUCCGAGAUAAACACAAGCACACCGCGAUGGAUUCAUGCUCUGGUUUCAAAGUCGAAAACCAACUCUGGAAAGGCACUUAUGGUCAGGAAAACCUGUUCCGUCUCUUUUCCGCAGCGGGCGUCCUCGCAGAUGAUGAUCGACGGCCACGGAUGCAUGAAACCAAUUCGAAGAACAAGAGCGAGAAUCCCAAAAAGCUAGGAUGGAAGGGUGAGCUCACAUCUGAAGCUUCGAGUCUUGGGACCCGUGACAUCGUGCGGACGUUGGCGCGACAUGGUGGGCUUUUAGAAAAGACAGGAUUUGGAGUUGGUCCAAUGUGGCACGCGACAGAUGCUGGCGACGAGGAGAUGGCCGUCGAACUAGCGCGGGUAUCCGAAGAGAUGGGCAUUAAAAUCGAAGAUUAUCGCUCCUUCGACACUGAAUGCUUGCUGUUGCGCUCGCAGCACCUUCCGGUCUUAUUGAUGGAAAAAUUUAACAGCCCUAUUGAUAUGGACAUGGACGUGCUUUCGAUGACUUUGAGCGGUCAUCACGAGGAGCUUGCUCAAGCCUUGGAAGAAAAUGCGGACGUUGUCAAUAAAGGCUCCGCUCUGCCGGACAUCUUGGUCACACUCGCACGGUGGGGAUACUCUGAGCUCUUUGAAAGAAUUGGGAAGAUCAUGCCAAAAAGCUGUUGGAUCGACGGCGGAAGCAAGCAUUACAACGGCGAGCUAAUCCCAUACUUGCUGGCUGCUGCUCAGCGAGAGCUUCCUAACCUGGACACGAUCAAGGUGAUUGUCGAGAAAUUCAAUGCAGAUGUCAAUAUUGUAUUCAAGGAGGGCAUGGUGACCAAACCAAAGGUCUACUACCAAUCUGCAAUGGCCAGCGGUAGAGGAUACCAAGCGGGUGAUACGAUCCUCCACCAACUGGCCCAAGGCACUCACUGGUGGCAUGCAGGAGCCAUUCGGUACUUGCUCCAACAAGGCGCUGAUCCUAACGCCCGCAAUGCCGAAGGCAAGACACCGUUGUGCAAAGCCCUUCACAAAUCCGAUGGUCUCCAGCAACUGGAAAUUGUUAAAAGCCUGCUUGAAGGCGGCGCCGACCCAAACCUUACUGCUCAAUGUGGCUUCUCGCCGCUUGCCAUGUGUGCAUAUAGCACACAGUUAUUCAAUCUCCUGAUCGAGCACGGUGCCUAUCCAUCCCAGAACCACCCCAUGGAGCUCUUCGUGGCGUUGUGCUCCUUCAAUUCUGAAGUCGUCUCUACUCUUCUUACCAUGGAUUUGGACAUAAACAACACAACCCUAUCUGACGCCCAGCGACACUGGCACACCCACAGGUUGCAGAAAGACCCUCAACUCACAAGCUUCAUCCUGCGACCAAUCCACUACAUCUCUAUGUUUCCCUUCAACGAGUCCAACAGCCGCGCCAACGCUAGCCGCAUGGUCAACUGCCUGCUCGCCCACGGCGCUGACCCAUUCCUACUUUGCGACACCGACAAGUCAAUCCUGCAUGAGCUUUUUACCGACGGGGGGAUCAUCCAGCCCUGGCUUGAAAUGCCGAACCUUGACCUUGAGCGACGGGAUCCUAAAGGCCAGACACUCAUUCUGGCCGCCGCAAGGUGCCAGACUGGAACGCAUUCGUAUGGGUGCAGUGUCCCCAUGUUCCCAUUUUACGGUGGUAACAUUGUACCGCUGCAGUGGGAGGAGGGCGAUAUUACGCGUGCGAUGGCACUUUAUGAGAAGGGGGCUGAUGUUUCGGUGGUAGAUAACCAAGGUAAUACCGUGUUUCAUCUUCUGGCGGCUUCGAUGCCGUCUAACACAUUUGCGGAGGCGGAGUUCCGGAGGACGGUGGAAUUGUUUAUGAAGAAGGUUCCUGAGUUGGUGGAGAAGGGGAAUUCCACAGGGAAGACGGCUCUUGCUAUUGCGGAAGAGCAUGGUAUUGCGUGGGCGAAGGAUUUGUUUGGAAAUUUUCGAAACGACUAG